UUGCACCCGGGACACCCGUCAACUUUUCUGAAACAUUCCGAUAAGUGUCCGACGUCCUACCAUGCCUGGACUGUAACUCACUUUGGAUCGCCGGUCUGUUUUCUUGUGCUCCUGAGUCAUGGCUCCAUUUGGAAAAAACUUCCUUAAAGCCCGAAUGAAAAACAGGACAAAAGAUGCAGAGCCUGUGGUAGGAAAGGAGAUCCAAGUUACUGUCUGCAAUGAAGAGAAGGUUGUCUGUGGAGUAACAAAGCAUACGACAUGUGCAGAUAUGAUUCAGGCAUUACUGGAUGAUCACAAGUCAGUCCCAGAGAGCAAGCGGCUACUGGAUGGAGAACCCAAAGACUUCUGUCUCGUUGAACGGUGGAAGGGUUUCGAGAGAGCUUUGCCACCUCUUACCAGAAUACUGAGACUCUGGUAUGCUUGGGGUGAUCAGAGGCCCUUCAUACAGUUUAUUCUAGUUAAAACCAGUGAUUUCGUGCCUCAGCCUGCUAAGAAAGGUGGAAAGUCCAAAGGGGCCAAGCUGAAGCGAUGUGAGCACGGUCGUGCUCAGUAUUCCCAGUCUCUGCCAGCGGAAAAACAAAAGCGCAUGGUAAAAAAAGCUUUCCGAAAGCUGGAGAAACUUCAUAUGGAGAGCAAAAGCUCCCUAGGUGCAGAGGAGAUCGACCAGAUGGUGCAACUUAUUCUCAACCAGGACCACACAAUUAGAGAGCAGAUCCAGCGGAUAAGGGAGCUAGAUUCAGAGAUUGAGCGGAUUGAGCUGCAAGUCCAGCAAGAAACCAAGUCGGAGACUUCCUUGGCUCAGGCCUGCAGUCCAAAUUCCGAGGCACACAUUGAGGAGCAGCUGCAAGAAUACUUGUACACCAGCGAUGGGGUUGUACAGCUGGACAUGGAGGUUCAGAGGCACCAGGAACUCAUCCUCCAGUUGUCCCAUGAAAUUGACGCUGAGCUUAGGAAGGCCAGCCUCGCUCUGGCUCAAGAUGAAGACCAGGGAGGAAUGGCCACUGGUUCCUGGAUCCCCGCUGACACAGACGAAGCAUUUUAUACUGCUGAAAUCGAGAGGCUGCGGGGCGAACUGAAUCACAGCCUCUUCACCGGUGUUUCCAUUCACAACCAAGCUGCUGAAAUAGACAAGCAGAUAAAGUACUUUGACAAUACACUGGUUUCUAAGGAUCAAGAGUGCUGGCAGCUAGCCGCCCAGCUGAGCUCAUUGCAAAUCACGGACAGCACAGAGGAGGAGCAGCCCAUAACAGUCCAAGGGAAAAGUGAGACCCAGUGCGGCAUUUCUCAGACAGUGAAACUCAAACACACCCUGUCCCCUCUAGACAUUACAGACACAGACUCAGACACUGGGAUUAGCUCCACACACAGUCAGGACUCUCUGUCACCGUGUCUCGAUUUCCCUCCCCCGCUGGACACAGACGUUUGAAGAACCCGGUUCACUCAGCAAUGUGUUCUUCUUCAGUCACCAGCCGCAGUUUUUUACUCCUCACAUGUGCUCUUUGUUUCAUGCUCUGUGCUUGCAAAAUUAGCAAAAAGACACAUUUUCUGCAAUUUUUAGUGUCUCCGGAACUUUGUUGCAUCGUCAUCACACCAUGCCAAAAAGAAGAAUGUAAGAAAUGUCAACUUGGGUUCCAACAAAUUAAUACAAGAGUACUGUGGUUGAUUCUUAAGCGUGUUCACAGAAAAUUGGUCAAAAAUGUUUUUGCAAAGAGUUUGCAAGAUGCAAAACAUAUCCUUGUUUAAUAUGAAUAAUUUUCUCAGGUAUCAAAGUAACAGAUGGUUAGGUAUCAGUGUAACAUGAAAUAAUACAUGCAAGACACUAACUGAGGCUGUGCGUGCGCUACUUAUAAUCCUACAUUAUUGAUAGAAGGUUUUCCCAUUUUUAAUUGCCAACAGAGAUGCAAAGACCAAUUUUUAGAUGUUUAGUUUUGUCACUUUAGAUGAUAGUAAAUAAGCUUUUUGCUUUUUGUAAAGUCCUCAAGCUAUUUAUUAAGUUGCACUUCUUACACACUUAAGGCUAUUAACAAUGUUUUAUAUUAAAACAAAAAGAUAAUAGUUUUGAUGUAGUAUUUGUAAAAGAAAAAUAUACUUUAAACACUGUUCUUGACUAUUCUGUAAAUACAAACCUAGUUCGCCCGAUUUCAAAUGGUAAUUGCCCCUUCUUGAUAUAUCAUUAUUUAACUGUGAUUAGAUGACAUCUUUCCGUCUAGAAAGGGCUACAAAGUCAUUUCUAAGGCUUUCAUGAUUCAACACUAAGAAAGAGAAUAGAUAAAAAUGGCAUCCAUUGCAGAGUUCCAAGGUGAAAAUCACUGCUGACCAAAAAGAACACAAAACCUUGUGUCACAUCUACCAAAAACAACUUGAUUCCUGAAUAUUCUGUGGAUUGAUUAGACAAAAGCAGAACUUUCUGAAAGGUUUGCAUCCUGUUACACCUGAUGUAAAAGGUAGCACAGCAUUUCAUAAGGAAAACAUCAUACCAACAGUCAAACGCAGUGGUGUUAGUGUGAUGGUCUAGGGCUGCUUUCCUGCGUCAAGGCUUUGGCCACUCUCUACCGAACAGACUCUAUCCUGGCAGACGGCAUCACCUGGAACUCAAGUGCACUGAGGUUAUGCAGCAGGACAAUGAUCCAAAGUACGCCACUGAAUGGCUUAAAUACACACAAAGAGCAAUGAGCUCACAAGGAGUCCAAACUGAAAUCUAAUUGAGAUGUUUUGGCAUAACAUCUCAAUUAGUUCAUGCUCAAAAAUAUUCCAGUGGGGCUUAAUUAAAACAAUUCUGCAAAGAAGAGUAGAACAAAGUUCCUCCACAGUGAUGUGAAGGACUCAUUGCCAGUUAUUGCUAAUGUGUAAUUGCAGUCCAUGCUGCUAAGAUUGGCACAACCUGUUAUUGGGUUUAGGGGUUUAGUUUUUGACACAAGACCUUGUUGCAUAGUUAUUUUACCUUAAUAGAUAAAAUUAUCAUUUAAAAAGUGCAUUUUGUAUUUACCCGGGUUAUCUUUGUCUAAUGUUUAAAACAGUGUGACAAAUAUGCAGAAAUAUAAGAUAUCAGGAAGGAGGCAAAUACUUUUUCACAGCACCUUAUGCUUCUGCAAAUAGUAUAAGUAAUUACUGAGAAAGGCACAAUUGUAAAAGAAAAGCUUAUUUAUUUACUGUAGUUACCAAACUACCAGUUACCAGAAUUUUGGGACAUCGUGUAAAAUUCAAGUAAAAAUAAAAUGCAAUGGGUUCAUGAGAUCUGCAAAUCUUGUAAACCCAUUUUGCUCGUAAACAUUCCAACAUUUUAAUAUUUCAUGAAAAUAUUAUCUCAUUUUGGAUUUGGUGACAGCAGCAUGUCUCAGAAAAGUUGGUGAAGGGCAAACGAAAUUCAAGUUACAACAAUUUCUGGUACAUAAAUAGCUGGUGGGACAUUUUUCAGAUAAUUUGGCAACAGGUCAGUAAAAUGACACAGUCUGAAAACAUGUGAAGCCAAAAAUAUGACAAAGAAGACAAAGAAUCUUAUAUCAAAUAAGAAUGGGAAAACAUUCCUCUCCCACGAGUCCAGCAACCGCUCUCCUGAGUUCCCACAUGUUUACAGACUUAGGGGAAGCUACACAGCAUAAACGUGGCUCUCUUCCAACUUUUUUGUCGUGCGGAGAUGUGUUGCUGCAGUCAAUUUCAAAAUGAGCUAAUAUCUUUUUAUUAAAAAGCCACAUUUUUCUCAGUUUAAGCAUUGAACGUGUAUCCUCUUGUUAAUUAAAUAUGGGUUUAUGAGAUUUGCUUAUCACUGCAUUGUUUUUGUUUGCAAUUUUCACAACGUUCCAGCUUAUUUGGAAAUGGGUUUGUAUUUUUCAGAUGUAAUUUUGUGACAAAUCACUAUUCGCUACCUGCCUAAUCAAACACUAGAUUCACUAUCCACCAAAUUCAGUUCACACGCCCUGCGUUUUAACCACUUAAAAAGUAAGCUAUUACUUUUAAGAAUAAUGUACAUCUUGACUUUCAUAAUAAAAGCUAAUACUUUAAAUAACUAAAAACACUGUCGUUGGGUUUUUCGGCACCAUUUGUUUAGGAUUUGAUUGUCUUUUAAAUAAAACCUAGCAACAGUGCUGCCUAAGGAAGGGUAUCUUCUUAUGCAAAUCAUAGGAUUUGAAAUCAUAGGGCUGCUUGCCACAUUUCCAACAGUUUCACAUCUAGUUAGGGUCUAUAAACACUUACGAAUUGGUUUUGAUCAAACACAAAUCUACGCCUGGAGACUGGCGUAGUUUUGUGUCCUUUUUUGGGAAGAAUACAUCUUCCAAUGUUUUUUUAUCAUUAUUAUGAUUAUUUUAGUUGCCAUUUGUAUAGGCACAAAAUCUUGGGUUAUUAAAAAUGUAAAAAAAACCAAAGUUGGGUAAAACAGGCCAUUUAAGCAAACUUUUCCCAUGUUUUUCACCAUUUCACAAGUUUGAUCACAAGCUUAUGUGUUAAUGGUCAUUUUUAAUCACCUCCAAAAGUCAAGGUAAGCACUGGGCUGCUUCUAGAAAAUCUUUAUUCUAAGGUUAAAAGGGGGGGGGAACUAGUGUGUCAUACCCAUUGAAUUGAAUUAAGCUCUCAGUCACCAUAGAGAUAUGACACAGUUACCUCAGAGUCCUCAGGCACCAUAUAAUCAGACGAGAUGGUCACCAGGCUAGCACAAACAACAGCGAGCACUCUCCUCAUGUCUAGGUACUGCUGACAGAUGAACACUUUGUGCUCAGGGCAGAGCUGGGC